GUCUGCUUGCUGAUUGUGUCUGGUGUUCAAGCAAAGCAACUUGAAAACAGGUCUGUAACUGCUGUGAAAGGUAGUUCUGCAGUACUACGAUGUUCCUUUUCCAGAAAAGAACUCCGGCUGGAAUUGGUUGAAUGGCUGAAGUUCACAAACAGAACUAAAUUUGGUGUUUACCAUGUGCCUUCAAAGAAUACAACUCUCAAUAAUAAACGAAUAAAAUUGGAAGUUAAUGGACAACAUUCCACUGUCACCAUCAAAGACGUUCUUAUGUCAGACAAAGGCUGGUAUUACUGCGUAUUCCAUACCUUUCCAGAUGGAAAACUAGAGGAUCAAAUAUACUUGAAUGUAAAAGAUAAAGAAGUGUCCUCUAAUCAGGCUGCAUAUAUUAUCACAGGUGUAGUUAUAGCAGUAAUCGCCACUGGAAUCCUAAUUUUAUUGUUAUACUUUGUUCACCGGAAGAAGAAGUCUGGAAUUCAUCUACCAAACCAAAUCAAUGUAAUACUGCAAGGUGCAUCCAGCACUGAUAAUGUGGACACAGCAAGACAACCAAACAAGCCACCAACACCCAACUCUGAUUCUGAGGACCUAACCAAUGACUACUUUAAUAUUGUUUUAAGAUCAUCAGUUUAAGAUUUCGGUGGCUAAAUUUGUAUACUUUGGGUUAAAACUGUCAACAGAUAUGUUUUCAAAAUGUUUUCUGUUUUGCAGUAUUAUUUGUGAUAACUGAACUGCACCCUUUUGCAGUUAAAAAUAAGUCUGUUUUGAAAUGUUCCAUUACCCAUGAAGGUAUUACUUCCAAAAUUACCCAGUGAUGUAGAUAUUCAAC